UCUCAUAAGUAACCCAGUGAAAGUUUGUGUUGUCCAGAACUCCCCGCGUGGGUCUCCGAUGUUUACGAAGCUGUCGGAUGUGAGCAUCUGACCAGACUUCAACGCUAUUUACCAUGCUGAAGUCCAAAACAUUCAUGAAAAAGACCCGCUCGGGUGGGAUACUCAAAGUAGUUCGUGAACACUACCUCCGAGAUGACAUUUGGUGCGGCAGUGAAGUGUGUGAGGAUUGCAAAGAUGAAUCCCCAGUUCUCGAAAAGAACCCAUGCUUGGAGAGCAGCCUGUGUACAUAUCCUCACUAUCUCAUUCCGGAUACAAACGUUGUUCUUCAUCAGAUCGAUGUUUUGGAGGACCCGUUGAUUAGGAACGUCAUCAUCUUGCAGACGGUUCUUCAAGAGGUCCGACACAGGAGCGGACCAGCCUACAAGAGAAUCAAAGAUGCAAUCCACAACAAGGAGAAGCAUUUUUACACAUUCACAAACGAACACCACCGGGAGACCUUCAUCGAGCGUGAGCCCGGAGAGAGUGCAAACGACAGAAACGACAGAGCCAUACGCGUAGCGGCACAGUGGUACAGCAAGCACAUACCAAACAGUGCCGAGAUAAAAGUCGUCAUGCUAACAAAUGACCGGUUGAAUAAGGAGAAGGCAGAACAAGCUGGCUUAGUUGUUUAUAAAUGUGAGGAGUAUAUCAAGAGUUUGAUUGCCAAUCCCGAGCUUGUGGACCGGCUUGCAGCGACCGCUGAUGACCAGAAUGAAAUGACCAGUUCUAAGAUCAUAUUCCCGGAGCAUCUUCCACUGUCUCAGAUUCAAACGGGUAUCAAGAGUGGCAAAUACAUCCAGGGAACUUUCCGAGCCAACAGGGAUAACUACCUGGAGGGGACUGUCUUUGUCCACGGGGAGGGAGAUGAAAGCACUGAGAUUCUGUUACAAGGGCUUCAGAAGCUGAAUCGGGCCGUGCACCAGGAUUUGGUGGCGGUGGAGCUGUUACCGCGCGACGACUGGGUAGCACCGUCUGCUGUGGUCCUGCAAGACGAUGGGGGUAAAGGCGAGGAUGACGAAGAAGAGGAGGAUGAGGAGAAAAAACUGCAAACCAAAAAGGUGCAUCGGGACGCUAUGAAGCCCACGGGCCGAGUGGUGGGCAUUAUCAAGAGGAACUGGAGGCCCUACUGUGGCAUGCUGAAUGUGUCCCAGAUCCAAGAGUCCACAAGGCACUUGUUCACGCCAGCAGACCGCCGCAUCCCCAGGAUUCGCAUCGAGACCCGUCAGGCGGCCACCUUGGCAGGCCAGAGGAUCAUGGUGGCCAUCGACGGCUGGCCCAAGAACUCCAGAUACCCAAAGGGCCACUUCAUGAAGAGCCUGGGCAACGCUGGGGACAAGGAGACCGAGACCGAGGUGCUGCUGCUGGAGCACGAUGUCCCUCACCUGCCCUUCUCCCAGAAGGUCCUCAGUUUCCUACCCAAGAUGCCCUGGGCCAUCACCGAGGACGACAUGAAGAACAGGGUGGACCUGCGCCAUCUGUGUGUGUGUAGUGUGGAUCCGCCCGGCUGCACGGAUAUUGACGACGCUCUGCACUGUCGAGACCUUGAGAAUGGAAACCUAGAGGUUGGUGUUCACAUAGCAGACGUCAGCAAUUUCAUCCGGCCAGGGAAUGCCCUGGACGAGGAGGCAGCCAGCAGAGGGACCACUGUGUACCUGUGUGGAAAGAGAAUUGACAUGGUUCCAGAGCUGCUAAGCUCCAACCUGUGUUCUCUGCGCUCUAAUGUUGAACGACUAGCCUUCUCCUGCAUCUGGGAGAUGAAUCACAAUGCUGAAAUCCUCAACACCCGUUUCACCAAAAGUGUCAUCAACUCAAAGGCUUCUCUCACCUACGCUGAGGCUCAGAUGAAAAUUGAUGAUGCGAACAUGAAUGAUGACAUCACCCAGAGCCUACGAGGCCUGAACAAGUUGGCGAAGAUCUUGAAGGCCAAAAGAAUUGAGAAGGGAGCUCUGACUCUGUCCUCGCCUGAAGUUCGCUUUCACAUCGACAGUGAGACGCAUGACCCCAUCGACCUUCAGACCAAAGAGCUCAAGGAGACUAACUCUAUGGUGGAGGAGUUCAUGUUGCUGGCCAACAUCUCCGUCGCCCAGAAGAUCUAUGACGAAUUCUCAGAGUGUGCACUGCUGAGGAAGCAUCCAUGUCCACCUCCCUCCAACUAUGACAUACUCCACAAAGCCACCAAGACAAAGAACCUGGUGAUCCACACAGACUCGGCCAAAGAGCUGGCAGACUCUCUGAAUGAGGCCGAGAUCGACGGCUUCCCCUACUUCAACACGCUGCUGCGUAUCCUAGCAACGCGCUGCAUGAUGCAGGCCGUCUAUUUCUGCUCUGGCCUGGACUCCGACUUCAGACACUAUGGGCUGGCCACGCCCAUAUACACACACUUCACCUCACCCAUCAGGAGGUACUCUGACAUCAUUGUGCACAGACUCCUGGCCGUGGCCAUUGGGGCAGACAGCACCUACCCGGCCCUGAUGGACAAGCACAAGCAGGCCGCCCUCUGCAACAACCUCAACUACAGACACAAGAUGGCGCAGUACGCCCAGAGAGCGUCCGUCGCCUUCCACACUCAGUUGUUUUUCAAAAACAGAGGGAUUCUUAAUGAAGAAGGCUUCAUUCUCUUUGUGAGGAAGAAUGCAAUCAUCAUCCUAAUUCCCAAGUUUGGUUUGGAAGGAACUGUGUUCUUUGAGAACAGAGACAAGCCCAGUCCUAAGAUGCUUUUCAACGAGGAGGGUCCCACACUAACAGUGGAAGGACACACGUUUAACAUGUUUGACCGUGUCAGAGUGACCAUCAGUCUGGAUGCAUCCAACAUUCAGAACCAGAAGAUCAGGAUGGCCCUCCUGGAUCCAGUGAUUCCUGGAGUAAGCGUACCUCUGCCUGAGCCAGAGCCAGAGGCCAAGAAGGCCAAACUGGAUCGCUGAAUAGCACACUUUUUGACCAGACCCUUUUAAAGGCAUGAUCACUCAUUUUUUAACUCUCAUGUAAAAGUCUGUGGUCUUUAGGGGCGCCUGUCUCUUUAAUGCACAGCCAUGGAGCUUUUUUUAACCUAUGUAAAGAUAUUUACUGUGAUCAGAUCCAGUAAGUGUAUUAAAUGACACUUCUACAUCAAA